GAGAGAGCGAGAGAGAGAGAGAGAGAGAGAGAGAGCGAGAGAGAGAGAGAGAGAGAGAGAGAGAGAGAGGUUGCGGUGGCACAGCAGCUGAAGCUACUCGCGCUAUGCUUUCGUUUACAGUAUGAAAUGAAGAAAAUAUGGGGGCCAAAGAAUCAAGGAUUGGUUUCCUCUCUUAUGAUGAGGCGGUGAAGAGAGUGACUGAUGUUGAGCUCAAAAGGCUAAGGGAUGCUUUCAGGAGGACCUGUGGCUUGUCCUGCUAUAUGAGUCAGCAAUGCUUCUUCAAGGAAGUGCUGGGGGACAUGGUUCCUCUCAAUAUCUCCGAGGUCAUCUAUAGUUCAUUUGGUGGCACAUCGAAGGGCCUGCAUUUCAACAACCUUAUCGUUGGCUUGGUGCUGCUGACCAGAGGACGCGAUGAAGAAAAGGCAAGAUACAUUUUCAGUCUUUUUGCCAAUGAAUCAGGCAGCUAUGCUACACGUGAAGACAUUGAAACAAUGCUGCAAACUGUGGAUGGAGAAGUGCAUCCCUCGCUCAGGAAGUGCUUUACAGAGGCGGAGAAAGUAAAUUAUGAGAAGUUUAAGAGCUGGCUGCUCCAAAACAAGGAUGCUUUCACCUUCUCCCGCUGGCUCCUGUCAAGUGGGGUGUGUGUGACUCUGACUGAUGACAGCGACACGCCCACCUUCUACCAGACCUUAGCUGGGGUCACACACUUAGAAGAAUCUGACAUCAUUGACCUGGAGAAGCGGUACUGGUUACUAAAAGCUCAGUCAAGAACCGGACGAUUCGACCUGGAAACGUUUAUCCCUUUGGUAUCUCCUCCUAUUCAUCCAUCCGUAAGUGAAGGUUUGUUCCAUGCUUUUGAUGAGAACAGAGACAAUCACAUAGACUUCAAAGAGAUCUCCUGUGGGUUGUCAGCAUGCUGUAGAGGGCCACUGGCAGAGAGACAGAAAUUUUGUUUUAAAGUAUUUGAUGUCGACCGUGAUGGAGUUCUGUGUCGAGAAGAAAUCCAUGAAAUGGUUGGAGCGCUGCUGGAGGUGUGGAGAGACAAUCGUACUGACUCCAUUCCUGAAUUGGAGUCCAGUGUGUUGGAUAUUGUUGAAGACAUUCUUAGAGUACAUGACACUACCAAGAAGGGCCAUUUGACACUUGAAGACUAUCAGAUAUGGAGUGUGCAGAGUGCACUUGCUGCAGAAUUCCUGAACCUUCUAUUUCAGGUAUGUCACAUUGUUCUUGGACUGCGGCCUGCCACUCCAGAGGAGGAAGGACAGAUCAUCAGGGGCUGGUUAGAGAGAGAGAGCCGGCAUGGCCUUCAGCCUGGAGACUACUGGUUCCUCAUCUCCACACAGUGGUGGCAGCAGUGGAAGGAUUAUGUCAAAUAUGACAGCAAGAUGAUAGUGGUGGAACAGCCAUCAGUAUUUGCUGCUGGCAGAAGUCCUACAUUAUCAACUGGGGUGGAACAGAGUGGUCAAGGAGAAAGCAUGGCCAGCUCACACUCUUCCUCUGAGGAGAAGUUCUCUGACAACAUCUCCAGCGCAUCUGAAGCCUCUGAGACCACAAGUGGCAGUGUCCUCCCUUCUGGCUCGACCCCCACAGACAUCUGCUUCUCACGACAGCCUGAGUCUUCUGAAGCAGACAGUCAGAGCUUCCUGGUGGCUGAUGGGAAUGUGACAGCCCUCAGACCUGGUGCCAUAGACAACCAGCCACUGGUUACCUCAGAGCCUCUCAAGGCUCCUACGUUGACAAUGGAAGGGGGGCUGUUGAGGCGAUCUCCCAACCUGCAUCUUGGCCAGGACUUUGAGGUUGUACCUGAGCCAGUCUGGAGGGCUCUCUACCACUGGUAUGGAGCAAACCUCAGCCUGCCGCGGCCGGUGAUCAGGACAAGGGAGAUAGAGAAGGCUGAAUUGGAACUCUUUCCCAGACACUUGCUCUUCCUGAGACAGCAGCCUCCAGCCCGCACACCACAGUCUAAUGGCUGGAUCAACAUGGGUAACAUGCCAUCUCCCAGUGCCCCUCUGAAGCGGGUGCUGGUCUACACUGGCUGCUUCAGCCGAGUGGGCACAAUAAAGGACAUUCACGAGUACCUGUCUCAGAGACUCCGGAUUAAAGAGGAGGAUAUGAGACUCUGGCUCUACAUCAAUGAGAAUUACUUGACUCUUCUGGAUGAUGAAGAUCACUCACUGGAAGCACUAAAGAUCCCUGAUGAACAGUACAUGGUUAUUGAAGUGCGCAACAAAGACAUGAGCUGGCCAGAGGAGAUGUCAUUUCUUGCCAACAGCAACAGAAUGAAUAGACACAAAGUACCUACCGAGAAAGGAGCCACAGGACUCAGUAACCUUGGCAACACGUGUUUCAUGAACUCCAGCAUCCAGUGUGUUAGCAACACUAAACCACUCACUGACUACUUCACAACUGGGUACCACCUUUAUGAACUCAACAGAACUAAUCCUAUUGGGAUGCGUGGACACAUGGCAAAAUGCUAUGGUGAUCUGAUCCAGGAAUUAUGGAGUGGUACACAGAAAAGUGUUGCUCCACUCAAACUCAGGUGGACUAUAGCAAAGUAUGCUCCACGUUUCGAUGGCUUUCAACAGCAAGACUCUCAAGAACUGCUGGCCUUUCUGUUAGAUGGCCUUCAUGAGGAUCUGAACCGUGUUCAUGACAAACCUUAUGUGGAGCUGAAGGACAGCGAUGGCAGACCUGACUGGGAAGUUGCCUCAGAGGCCUGGGAGAAUCAUUUGAGAAGAAACCGUUCUAUUGUGGUGGACCUGUUCCAUGGUCAGCUUAGGUCUCAGGUCAAGUGUAAAACCUGUGGCCAUGUUAGUGCUCGCUUUGACCCAUUCAACUUCCUUUCUCUUCCUCUGCCCAUGGAUAACUCCAUGCACCUUGAGAUUAUAGUUAUAAGGCUCGACGGCUCUACGCCAGUGCGGUACGGACUGAGACUCAACGUCGAUGAGAAAUACGCUGGCCUAAAGAGCCUACUCAGUGAGCUGUGCCAUCUGAAGCCAGAGCAGAUCCUGCUGGUGGAGAUCCAUUUGUCCUCUAUAAAGAAUUUUCCAUUAGAUAAUCAGAAAGUGCGGCGUGCAGUAAGUGGCUUCCUGUGUGCAUUUGAAAUCCCACUGCCUGCAUCCCCCUCCUCUGACUUCUCUCCAAAAGAAGUGGCAACUGGUGACUUCCCACAGGUAGCAAAUGGAACCAGCCCUUCAGUCUCCAGUGGUACAUCCCUAAGGCUUGACAUAAUUCCCAAGGGCAUGCCAAAUACUGUGGUGCCCUGUAGCACAGAUGGUAGCCCUGCCAACGGCCUCCCUAAUGGCCACAUCAUGACACCCCCUGCUGGCCCCCUCUCUGGAUACAUUAUUGCCAUCCACCGGAAAAUGAUGCGUGCCGAGUUGUACUUCCUCUCAUCUCAGAAAAACAGGCCCAGUCUGUUUGGCAUGCCACUGAUCGUUCCCUGCACAGUAGAUACACGUGGCCGAGACUUGUACAACACUGUGUGGACACAAGUGUCCCGUCUGGCCAGUCCUCUACCCCCUCAGGAGUCAAGCAACCACGCCCAAGACUGUGAUGACAGCCUGGGCUACCAGUACCCUUUCACCCUACGUGUUGUACAGGGAGAUGGGAACUCUUGUGCAUGGUGUCCAUGGUACAGGUUUUGCAGAGGUUGUACCAUAGAGUGUAAUGAUGACAGGGCUGCAGUAGGCAACGUUUGCAUAGCAGUUGACUGGGACCCUACUGCUUUGCACCUCCGCUAUCAGACAUCCCAAGAGAGGCUGGUGGAUGAGCAUGUGAGUGUAGAGCUGAGUCGCCGUGCACAAGCCGAGCCCAUUAGUCUGGAUAGUUGCCUGCGGGCCUUCACCACAGAGGAAGAACUGGGCGAAAAUGAGCUCUACUACUGCUCCAAGUGCAAGACCCAUCGCCUGGCAACCAAGAAGCUGGACAUCUGGAGACUCCCACCAAUACUGAUUGUGCAUUUGAAGCGGUUCCAGUUUGUUAACGGACGCUGGAUUAAAUCUCAGAAAAUCGUGAGGUUCCCCAGGGAUAACUUUGACCCCAGUGCGUUUUUGACCCCGCGGGAUGCAGACCACAGCCAGCAGGGUUGGAGAGGCUGUUCGGGAGAGGAGCUGUCUGAACAGGAACGCUUGUCAAACUCUGGAACAGGAGAGACAUACUCAAACUCCACCUUUAGUAGCAUGAAAGACUCUCCAGGUUCUGGAAGGUUGCUGUCCACGUCUCUCAGCAGAGGCGGCAGCCCCACCAGCAGCCCCAGAGGCGACAGCCGAAAGCAGGGGCACAAGCGAGCAUCCCGGCUGGAUUCCAGGCUGCAGCUGUCCCUCAGUAAAGAAAGCCUGGACAGCGGCACAGAGAGCCCUCUGGAGCUGGAGCCCUGUAGCACUAAGCCUGACACCCAGAGUGAGGCUGAAGCCACUGGCCUGGACUCAGCACUGGGUGAGGACACAGGCAGAGACUGUGACAACGCCACGUCUGUUUCAGAACUGGAGAGCAACGGCUGCACUGAAGACAGCAUAGACCUGGAGGCCUCACAGGACCAAAGAGACAGGAUCUGCCUGGAGCCUAUCUAUGACCUGUAUGCAAUAUCGUGUCACUCAGGGAUACUUGGAGGAGGCCAUUAUGUCACAUAUGCCAAAAACCCCAACGAGAAAUGGUACUGCUACAAUGACAGCAGCUGCAAGGAGGUGAAUCCAGAAGAGAUCGACACAGAUUCAGCAUACAUCCUCUUCUAUGAGCAGCAGGGAAUAGAUUACUCUCUGUUCAUGCCAAAGACUGAUGGGAAAAAGAUGGCUGACACCAGCAGCAUGGAUGAGGAUUUUGAAACAGACUACAAGAAGUACUGUGUUCUUCAGUGAUGCCUGUGCUCUUGUCAGCGUCUGAGAAAUGAACUCUCAAAAGAUGAAGUCUCUCAGAUUGAGAGGAACCCCCCCCGCCCCCCUUUUUUUGUUAAUUUUAGCCAAACUGUGGUACUGUCCCAUUAUUUCAGGCUUACAAUCUCUGACAGUUCAAGAAUGCAUCGGUUCUCCUGACAGUCUCGUUUGUCCUUCUCACACAAGGUUUUAAUUUGUUUGUGUUGACCUCUCGUGAUUCUGUGUACAGAAGAAUUUAGUAAGUGCCGGUCACAUACUGUACGAACCAUGCGUGACAAGAAACAGUCAUUAGCAUCAGUAUGUAUAGACAAGAUGCGGUUGGUACUAGUCCUAUUUAUUGUUUAGAAUCUUCGGAAUACUUUGUGGCAUUGAUCAUGCUAGUAUGAUUUAAUUUUCAGUGCUAUCCUGAUCAUGGAUAUUUUGUUAUGUAGAUUACAUAUGUUUGAUCAUUACACAUUUCUUUGUAAAGAGGAGUGGAGGAUUGUAAGCAUUUUAUCUUUGUUGUAAGAUGUUAUGAAUACUGGAUGCACUUUUAUGCUUUAAGUUGCUGUCAUUUUAUGGUCCCAUUCUGCGAUGUUGCACAUUUUGGCUAAACAUUCUAUCUACAUGUUGAAUGUCAUUCCACGCUUGUUUACAGAGUGUGUCAGUUUAGCAUAUGACAUAACCAUAAUGCUUUUUUUUCUGUGACUCAAGCAGUUUUCUCUGUGCCAACAAGUCCUGUAGUAGAGUUUGUGCCAUUGUACUGUCAUCAUCGUCUUCGCUCAGGAUACCGGAAUUGUAAAUUGUGUCAGCAUGUCACAGAGGAAAUGUCUGAGCACUUUAUUUAUUCGUAGAUUGCAAAAGAAAACAUACAAAAAAGAAUUCAUAUGUAAAGGGUUGGACUCUCUUCCACUUAUCAGCUGUCUAUGGCUAAAUAUGAAGCGUUUUACAGCGUGGACCUGUAUCUUUGUGCUGUAAUAUUAAUGUUAAUAUCUCUAUGCCCAGAGAAGUCAGUCACACAGCAGCGAGUUAAGCAAGUACAAUGAUUAGUAUUGUUUUGAUCUUGUUACAUUGUGCCACUAUGACAUAUUUAACUUGAAGAUUAGUAAACCUUGUCUAAAUAGUAUUAAAUAUUAUCCAAAUGUGGAACCCCAGCCCUCUUAUAGUGUCUCUGAUUGUCUCUUGCAUUAUGCUGAGUGGUAAUCCGGACUUGGCUAGUAAUGCUAAUCAGUUAGCAGUGUCUUUUCCUUGUCUGUACCGGUUCUUGGUUAUUCCUUCUCUUGGCUCUCAGCUGAGAGCCACUGUAGUCUCCUAAUCAGGCCUCUUUUGUUACGUUCAUAAUCUACUACUGAAAUGCUCUUUUUUAUAUUAACUGUAAACUUUUGUUCAUUUGUCCGUAUUAAAGUGUUUAAUGUAAUCCCUCGUAAAGUUGUACCGAGAUCAAAUGAUUUGCACUGAUUUGGCUUCUUAAAAGACGAAGAUUGUGUACAUAGCAUUUUUGAAAAUAUGUGUACUGGAAUGUGAAAUAUUAAAAUAUGUACUGAAUAUGAAGUAAAGCAGUGUUAAUUAGUGUGCAGGUCAAAGAUGAAUAGAAGGUUUUAGCACGUUGAUUAGGCCCAGCUCAAGUCUACAUUUAUGCAUUGGGCAAAUGCUCAUUUUCAGCGCAACCAACAAAUAAAUCAUGUUACAUAGGAAGGUGAAUGUAGCAUUAAGGGAUGUUGGGAUGAUGCUUUAAUAAACACAAGGCACUCAGAAAAGUGAGUGUGCUUUAUAGGUGGCGGGUUAAUGCGGUUUGUGAGAAAACAGAGGACUGAGAUCAUUGAUGAACACUUAAAAAUGACACACAUACACAUGCAAAGGUUUGAAUUUUGUUCAGAUGAUGUGUUUUGUUGCUUUUCUGAGUGAAAAUUUGUUAACACUUCUUCUACAGAGAGCAAAAUUAAAUAUGUCAGUUUUCUGCCAA